AUGCUCCGACGGGGCCUCGUCUUGGAUCUCAGCAUCGCUGGCGGUCUCGGCACGACGUUCGGCUACCUCUGGUGGUACGGCUUCCACUUGCCCCGUGUGCGAGCCCGCGACAGUUUCUACGCCCGUCUAGAAGAUCAACGUGCGCGGGAUGCAGGGUUCAAGUAG